AUGGCAGAUAAAGAGUUUCUUCCUCUCGACUUCAAUUCAGUUCAAACCGUCCCUGAAUCUCACUUGUGGCCGGACUCCGAUGAGUUAUCGUCGGUCAUCGACUUGGACGAAAAGAUUUCGCUUCCAUCGAUUGAUCUUCUCGACGACGGGGCAUCGGAGCUCCUAGGGAGGGCCUGUGAGCAAUGGGGAAUGUUUCAGUUGACUAACCAUGGUAUCUCCAAAACCCUAAUAGCUAAGAUGGAGGAGGAGGCUCGACGUCUGUUCACUCUACCGGCGAAAGAGAAGAUGAAGACAUUACGGUCUGCUGACCGUGUCACUGGCUAUGGCACGGCCGUAAUAUCGAAGUAUCAUUCGAAAUGUAUGUGGCAUGAAGGAUUCACCAUCUUGGGUUCUCCUGCCGAUGAUGCUAAGAAGCUUUGGCCAUCUGACUCUAAACGGUUUUGUGAUGUAAUGGAAGAGUAUCAAAGCGAAAUGAAGCGCUUAUCAGAUAGGUUAAUAAAGUUAAUCUUCAAGUUUCUUGACAUCUCCGAGGAAGAGACAAUGAAGCUGUUGUCUUCCAUGGACGACUCGGGUAAGUCCUACACCGCCCUCCAACUGAACUCGUAUCCACCGUGCCCUGAUCCAGACCAAGUCAUGGGCCUUGCUGCCCACACCGACACCUCCCUCUUCACCAUCGUUCACCAGGCAUGCAAUGACGGCCUCCAAAUCUUCAAAGACAAAGCAGGCUGGAUUCCGUUGUCUCCGAUGAGAGGUUCUUUCGUUGUCAACGUUGGCGACCUUCUCCACAUUAUGUCGAACGGGCGGUUUCGGAGCAUUCUUCAUCGGGUUACGAUACAAGGGAAGAAGGUGCAUAGAUUUUCAUUGGCAUAUUUCUAUUAUCCACCACCUUAUUUAUAUAUUACACCUCAUUGCAAGGCAUUGAGUGAAUCACCACAAACUCCUCUCUAUCGCUGUGUGAGUGUGAAAGAAUAUUUCACCAUGAAGGCCAAAAACAAUGGGGAGGGACUUUCUACCAUCAAAAUAUGAUCACUCAAACCCCUUUUGUCUUCAUUUUCAAAAGGGUUUCCAAAGAAUUAGUUACAUUUAUAAGGGUUUGUUUUUAAUUGAUCCUCAAGUUUGAUGAUCACACAGCUAUGUAAUAGUUUGGAAACCUAGCUUGUUUACGAUUUGAUUUGCAAAUUCUAUCAAAGGAAUCGAUAACGGAAAGAAAAAAUCGAGCAUCUUACAACAUAGCAUUAGUAUUUGAGAGAUUAUUCUCGAGCUAAGAAAUCUCCAUGAGUUUGUUGAGAUAUCUAAACAGGUUUUUUUUGUCUGAGGGCCACACACGAAUGGAACAAAAACAAAGCUAAAAUAGAGCGGGAAGGUUUAUAAUCCAAACUUUUACAUCAGAUACCGAAAAUAAUAGUUUAGUCCUAAUGAUAAUUUAGUCUCUAUACUUUCACAUUUGCCGACUUUACUUUCCUCAAUCAUCGACUUUUCUACCUGUUAAUUUGAGUUGAGUAUACUGCUAAAGAUUAGACAUUUAUUACCCUUUCUAAGGCAGAAGGUUCCAUCCCUCACUCCUGGUUAAAUAGUCUUUUCAUACUAAGCCCUUAUUAUCCUUUAUUUAAUUUUCUUCGUCAGGACCUAAAGGUUUUCCAAAAAGGACACAAAAACUUCAUUAGACAGAGGUCCUACACUCUUAAACAUAAUAUCAGCUGCAGCAGCUCAGAUAACUGUAUGUGUCCAAGACAACUAAGGAAUUCAAAUUAUGUGAGAUCUUACAUCGGUUGGAGAGAAGAACAAAACAUUCUUUAUAAGAGUGUGAAAACUUCUCCCUAA